UUUAUUUACUAAAGAAUUCUGAGGUUUAUAACAUUAUGAUGUAGGGCAGCAAGAACAGAUAGCGAAAAUAAAGAACUCACUCUGGCCUUUGGCAUCGCACCAAAGGUGUCCAGUAGAGAAAUUAGAAAAAUUCCGUCAUCACACUGGCCUUUGACGUCAUGACGAAGGUGCCUUGGGAUCUCUCCAAGUCAACCUGUGCUUCACACACCAGCAGGAAAUCACAGAACUUUGUGAAGCACAGGUUGACUUGAACUUGGAGUGAUUCGAAGGCACCUUCAUGGUGUGAUGCCAAAGGCUGGUGUGAUGCCGGCAUUUUUUUUAUUGUUCUACUGGACACCUUUGGUGCGAUGCCAAAGGCCGGAGUGAGUUCCUUAUUCUUCCUAUCUUUUGUUGCUGUCCUACAUCACAUUAAUUAGCUUAACCGGAUUCUAAUUGAAAUGAAGGUUUCUCAUGCAAAAAGAUGAAUUGGUAUCCUAAAUCUAAUUGCAUAGGAGAUGUAUGUUACUGGAGAUUACUUGAACAUCAAACCCCAGCAUAUAGUUCAUUUUUGCAAUGGGCUUCCCUUUUUGCUAAUAUAAAUUUUUCUGACUUAAAUUUAAUGUGUAUCCAGGGCUAUAUUGUCCUAAAUAGACCAUGGGCUUUUGUGCAAUGGCUAGAGAAAGCAACAAUUGAGGAAGAAUACAUUCUAAUGGCUGAACCUGACCACAUAUUUGUAAAUCCCUUGCCAAACUUGGCACAUGGAAACAGUCCAGCAGGGUAUCCAUUUUUCUACAUUAAACCAGCUGAAAAUGAGAAAAUAAUUAGGAAAUUUUAUCCUGAGGAAAGAGGUCCUGUGACUGAUAUUGAUCCAAUUGGCAAUUCUCCUGUAAUCAUAAAGAAGUCCUUGCUGGAGGAAAUUGCUCCCACAUGGGUGAAUGUUUCUUUGAGAAUGAAAGAUGACCCAGAGACUGAUAAGGCCUUUGGAUGGGUGCUUGAGAUGUAUGCAUAUGCUGUAGCAUCUGCAUUGCAUGGAGUGCGGCAUAUUCUUCGUAAAGACUUCAUGCUGCAGCCUCCGUGGGAUUUGGAUGUUGGAAAGACGUUCAUCAUCCAUUUUACUUACGGAUGCGACUAUAAUUUAAAGGGAGAACUGACUUAUGGCAAGAUUGGAGAAUGGCGUUUUGACAAGAGAUCAUAUCUUAGUGGUCCUCCACCAAGAAACCUCUCCUUGCCCCCUCCAGGAGUUCCUGAAAGUGUGAUAAGGCUCGUGAAAAUGGUUAAUGAGGCUACAGCAAACAUUCCUGAGUGGGACACAUUAACUAGUGGCUGAGAUGAAAAGUAAGAUAUAAGCCCAUCAAUUCUUUUCUUGCUUACUGAUAUUUUAAAGCCAGUCAGGGAGUGGGAGUUCUGUCGAUACGGAAUUUAACGUAGCAAAAGAAUGUUAUAGGUAGAUAAGGAAUGUCUUGAUGAGUCAAAAAGGAUCUUUCGUUGUUGGUGCUCUUUUACAUACAGCCAUGAAGGCUACUAAAUUCUUUUGUAUACAUUCACAUGUUG